CAGAUAUUCAUCCUAGAAGAAAAGAAGCAACAAUACGACCAAAGUCAACAGUUCAUGUUCGGCUGUGAGAGAAGUUCAUCCUCAACAUGUAAUUCAAUCACUGCCCAAAUCGUACAUUAAAAGUUAAAAACAGUACCCCAAAAAAAAAGUAAAAAAAAUCUGCGAGGGUUUGGAAAUUUCUGAAAACUCAAAAGGCACCUGCGUUUUGGGGUUCCUUCCACCUUAAGAACUCUCUUGAACCCUCUUAUAAAUCGCGCUGCUUCCUUCCUCCCUCCUUCCAUUUCCCCCAUUCAAAUUCCAAAAAAAAAAAAGAUCUUUCUUUUUAAAGGGAAACUUUAGAGGGGAAAAAAAACGCAGAUUUCAUUUGCGUUGCUAAAGAGAAAAGCAAAGAUCAUCAAUUUACGCGUUAGAUUGAACAGAAAAUUUAAAGAAAGAACAAAAAAAAAAAAUGGGGCCAGGUUUGGCAUUGAACGCCGUAGCAAGACAAGCCGAACAAUUGAGGAAAGAUGGGAACAAUUAUUUCAAGAAAGAUCGUUUUGGGGCUGCCAUUGAUGCUUAUACUGAGGCGAUUACUUUGUGCCCUAAUGUUCCUGUGUAUUGGACGAACCGCGCUAUUUGCCAUCGCAGGCGAAACGAUUGGUUGAAAGUGGAAGAGGAUUGCCGGAGAGCUAUUCAGAUUGACUACAGUUCUGUCAAGGCACACUACAUGUUGGGACUUGCUUUGCUACAGAAGCAAGAAUUGGAUGAAGGGGUCAAGGAACUACAAAAGGCAAUGGAUCUUGGAAGGGGUGCAAAUCCCAAAGGUUAUAUGGUAGAUGAGAUUUGGCAGGAGCUUGCAAAGGCAAAGUACCUACAAUGGGAGCAUGCAUCUACCAAACGUUCAUGGGAAUUGCAAAGUUUGAAGGAGGCUUGUGAAACUGCUCUGAGAGAAAAACAUUUUCUUGAUGAUUCUCAACCUGAAGGUUUCUUAGAUGAAGCUAGUAUUUCCCAUAUGAAACAACUAGAAGCUCUGGGACAAGUGUUUAGGAAAGCUGGUGAAGCUGACAUCCCUGGUGAGGUGCCGGAUUACUUGUGUUGUAAAAUCACACUUGAUAUUUUUCGUGAUCCUGUCAUUACUCCAAGUGGAGUUACAUAUGAGAGAGCGGUGAUCCUUGAUCAUCUUCAGAAGGUGACGUGCUAUGGAAAUAUUGUAUGUUUAGAUGUCUUUUCAUUUAACACUAACAUUAAUCAUCAACCUACUAGGAAACAGGUUGGUAAGUUUGAUCCAAUCACGCGUGAGCCACUUGAUAUAUCCCAGCUUGUACCCAACUUGGCGAUAAAGGAAGCAGUCCAAGCAUAUUUAGAUAAACAUGGUUGGGCAUACAAGACGGACUAAAGGUUGAAUGUUCUGGUAACUUUGCUGGGCAUGCGUUGACUUAGCGUGGCAAAGAGAAGUUAUUGGUCGGAGUCUGCUAUUCUAUUUGGUGAACAUCAGUCAGAUUUGGUAUAGCUAUUUCAUGAACGCUUCAAUGUGUAAUGCCAUGCCAUUUACCGGCGCAUGUUGAGGUCCUGUGUUACUUUUAAAUUGUACAGUUAUUCUCAUAAAAAUUAACCUGUACAUAUUUAUCAAAACUAAUUCAUGCUAUUAUGAGUGGCCGUGUAUGGGCUUCAUGGCAUUAGCAGCAGACAUUUUAUUGUCAGCCUGCAUGUUUCAACCUAUUUUUAGGGUUUUUGUUGUA